CUCUGCACUGCAAUGUCGGCCGUCGGCGUACCCUGGUAAGAACGUCGCUCGCGUUUUCCGCGAUUUUCUAAGUGAAACGCGCGUCGUGCGCCUUUGCACCGUCGUCCAGUGCCGUGCUAUGACAGAGUGAUCCGCGACGUGACGAGAAUCAACUACCAGUUCGCCGCAGCUUGUGCCGCCAUCAAAAAUGGAUGAAACACUUGCUUCGUUCUCUUAAAAGACGAAAAGUGCAACCUGGUUCGGCUGAAAAGAACAGAUGUAAAGGAGCGCGAGAUUGUGCACUCGGUAGGACGCAGGCCUCCUCUCCGCAGGGUGGAGUCGACCGUGAAAAAGCGAACAUUAUCUACGUCGACUGUACCGGUUGACAAUCGGGACUCGAGGCACGAGUCUCUACAGGCAGAGUGUGGUUGCUUGGCAGUCGACGAUCGGCAGUCGCGACGACUGUAUCGCACGUAGUGUCGCGACGUUUUCGCGUCGAUUCUCCCACACCAUCCGGAGAGCGAUAACCGCCAACAGCAACUCAGGUCAGCUCAUCCGCAAAUGGCCGGUUAAUCGAAUAAUAAUUUCGUAUCCUGUGAAAUUCUACAUAUAUGCGAAAUCAGACCGCGUCGGGACGAACCGACCGCUUCACUUGGAGGUCUGAAUCGGAUUUUGGCCGGUGUGAAUCGCGCGAAGAUCGUCUUGUUCACGGCUCGACUCGCUAUCUUAUCGGCGUCUCGACGUCACGGCGAAGAUAAAAAGAAAGGAAAGGUGUGAGUGUGCGUGCCGGCUCUCGUGGCCCUGGAGUUACGCAACAGGCGCAGACAGCGGGCGUAAUGAAGUCGAAGACGAGCGAGAGUUUCGUGGCGAGUGAAAGCAACGGGGUCAAGAAGGACGGUGCCGACGAGGUCAAGCAGAAACAGCUGAAGAAAGGUAAAACGUUUUGUCAAUCCUGCAAGAAGAAGUGCAGCGGGGAGGUGCUGCGCGUGCAAGACAAAUACUUUCACAUCGGGUGCUUCAAGUGUGCCCAGUGCAAUGCUAGUUUGGCCCAAGGUGGAUUCUUUGCACGUGAAGGCACCUAUUACUGCACCAAGGACUACCGAGAACGCUGGGGAACGCGAUGCGCCGGUUGCGGGGAAUACGUGGAGGGCGAUGUUGUGACAGCCGGCGAGAAGUACACGUUUCAUCCAAAUUGUUUCCAUUGCCAAAGAUGCCGGCAGCCGCUACUGGGACAGGGGACAAAAGUAUCUCUAGUUCAAGGUCAGGCGCUCUGUCACCGAUGCGUCGGUAUACCGGUUCGCGAGGCCUCCACGCCAAUUGGUAAUAGCGCCGGUACCAGAGGAUCUGGCGAUGGACACACCGACCCUGGUGCUUGCGCUGGCUGUGGAAACCAAUUGAGGGAAGGUCAAGCGUUGGUUGCGCUCGAUCGUCAAUGGCACGUCUGGUGCUUCAAGUGUCACAGCUGCGACACUGUGCUCCACGGGGAAUAUAUGGGAAAGGACGGCGUGCCUUACUGCGAGAAAGAUUACCAGAAGCAGUUCGGAGUGAAGUGCGCCUAUUGCAACCGCUUCAUCAGCGGUAAGGUCCUGCAGGCAGGCGACAAUCAUCAUUUCCACCCGACCUGCGCGCGUUGCACAAAGUGCGGCGACCCGUUCGGCGACGGCGAGGAGAUGUACCUGCAAGGCGCCGCGAUCUGGCAUCCGCGCUGCGGUCCCGGACCCACUGGACCUAACGGCAUCGUGAACGGACACGGGGAUACCCCGCAGCAUCGGGAGUCGGAGCGGAUCUCCAGCAGCGCUUCGGAAAUGCAGUUUUCAUUGCGGUCACGCACGCCAAGCCUGAACGGAUCGCUGUGCAGCCCUUACAGCAGCCUCAGUCGCAAGUAUUAUCCAGCGCGAACUGGAAGUCCCGGUCUGAUCCUGAGAGAAUACGGACGAGGAGCUCCGGAAGAUGUGUCUAGGAUUUAUACGUACUCAUACUUGACUGAAACGCCCAGUCAGGGAUAUUUGAGACGCCCGAUACAGCCGUACGAUAAACCCCCAACUAGCCCGCAUUUCCAUAGACCUAGCUCAUCUCGUUCGAUAAGAAGCAGCGGUGGACGCAGCAGCAGAUCCGGAAUGAGAGCUUUGGUCGACGCUCUGAGCGACACUAGACCGAAAUCACCUGCUAGCCAGGUGGAUAACGACGAGCCGAUCGAAUUAGCGCAUUAUCCGGAUGCGAUGAAGCCACCGCCCGGAGCACAACCGCCCAUCGAGAGAGACGAUUUUCCUGCUCCGCCGUAUCCUUACACUGAUCCUGAGAGACGUAGACGAUGGUCCGACACUUACAAGGGGGUACCUGCAUCUGACGACGAGGAUGAAGUGGACAACAAAACGUAUAUCAAGGAGGCGGAGCAGAAGUUGAAGAAAGAGCAGGACGAAUUGAGUAAGAUCGAUACGGGGAUAGCCAAGGUAUUCCUGCAAGAUCGCGAGAAGGACCGAGAGAAUUUGCGACACAAGGCUGCGAACGUGGAUCCUAGGAACGCCUCAAGGACACCGUCCGCUGCCAGGGAACCUACAUAUAGACUGCGUUACGAGAGUCCUGUUGGCGCAUCACCUUCGCGAAAUAUUGAUCAUGCGCGACCUUGGGAGGACGACGAUGGCUUCAGUUACCGAUCUAGCGGGCCUAGCUACAACGUUGGGAGGUCAUCGGCGCGCUCCCCGGCUCCCAGAAACUAUCCACCCCUUGGUACUCAGCGCGCCUUCACUCUUCCAAACGCCACUAGGCACUAUCAUUCGGGCGACUAUUCGUUCAGUGGGAUGGGCGACAAGACGCACAGCACUGAUUUCUCGUCUGGCAAGUCGGACAUAUCAACAGGCAGCAUCACGGAUGUGGAUCGGCGGGCAUUGGUAUGUACCACAGCCCCAUACUACUCCCGGCGAAUUAGCAUGAAUGAUGGUGGGAUCCUUCCAUCAUCCACCACAUAUACAGGUGGCCUAGGUUCGGUUGUUGGAGGCCACGGGGGUCAUCAUGUAAGGAGAUCGCUGCCGGACAUGGGCGCUGCACCAACCGAACCGCCCAAACUUUAUCCUUAUCAUUUACUCGUUAUCACCAACUACAGGCUGCCAGCUGACGUGGAUCGUUGCAAUCUCGAGCGACAUCUCUCCGACGCAGAAUUCGAGAUGGUCCUCCAAUGCUCCCGUGCGGAAUUCUACAGACUACCACAGUGGCGCCGCAAUGAAAUCAAAAGACGUGCCCGGCUGUUUUAACUCAUGCUAUACACAUUUUACUUAUUACAUCGCCUCGUGUCACGAUUGUGUUACUGUGGUACAGACUGUACAUUCCUACUAUGUGGUAGAUGCAUCGCGGAGAAAAAAAUGUGUUCGACUACCGUUACCAGAACCGUACUUACCCUACCUGUAGACGCAUUAGAUGCUAAUUGGCGGCCCCGCAAAUUCAAGGGACUCCUUUCCAGUAAUUAUAUCAUUAUAGAAAAUAAUCAAAAAGUUGUGUAAUUUUGACGAUGUAUACGAAACAUAUAAUGGAAACACACGAACUAAAGGAAUUGAGGAAAAUCAGAGUCGUAUUUGUAAAUGUUUGCAUAUACAUUAUCACUUUAUAUUUAUUGAUAUUAACAUUAUUUAUUGAAUCUAAAAUUAAAAAGUUAAUUUAUGUGUGACAACAUAAUUGAUAAUUUUGUAAAAAAUUGAAUGAUAGUAACCGAAGAAAAUUACGAGCGGAGUAAGAAAUAGUAACAAAAAAAAGAAUAAUUUAUAGAUAUUACAUAUAUACGCACAAUUACACAUUGAUUGUGUAUGUAUAUGUAUAAAAUAUUUAUAAUUUAGAACUUUAGUUAUUUGUGUGUUUUGUAUACGAAUUUAUAUAUUAGGAGUCCCAAAGUGGGGCCGAGAACGCUGAAGUAAGAUAAGUACGGCGCUGAUUAUUGCGACCAUCUAACUGCCGACGUACACUCGGCAGCGGAGAUGCGAAAUCAAAGUCCUCUAAGUGGGAGCACAAUACACAAACAUACACAAACACACGCAUGUACACACACUGUAAUGACACGAAAGCACUGCCACUUUGUCGUCAAUUUUUUUCUCGCAGCAACGAAUCCACAGGCAGCUUUAUCUACGAUAACCCGAUCUGUUUAGCGACGUAGACGUUUCCGAGUUUUACCAUUCGGAGCGCCAUCGUGACUUGAUUUCAUCUUCACACACGUUGACAAGUGCGCAUUGACUAGCUGAUAUUAACGUAGAGAAGAUAAUCAAAUAGAGGAGGUGAGAGAUAGCAACUAAAAGAAACUCUUGAUACAACUAACUAUUGUAAAUACAAAGUUCGUCGAGAGGUCGAAAGGCGGCGCGGGGAAGCAGCUAGGAAGUUUCAAAGUACAUAAUCGCGUAUUCGCUAGAUCGCAUACAUACAUAUUCUUGCGGACGUUUAUGACGCAGGGAAACGCUACUAAGUAAGGUCUAUCAUUAUUAUUAAUUUUUAACUACUGCUAUUAUUACUAUUAUUAUUAUUAUAUUUUACUACAUGCAACACGAGAAAAGGAAAAGUCUAAGUAGAUGAAGAAGUUCAGCUUGUUGAAUGGUGCGAGUACGUUGACUAAUCGGACGAUUUGCGCGAUCACAUUUUUUAACUUACUCUCUGUGGCAAGGAUUAUUUAAUAGAGUUGCUUGCGCAGUGUCCUUGUAACAAGAUAUUUUAUCCUUUUAAUUAUCCUUGAUGUAUUAACUAAAAGAUGCGUUCUGCGGUGCGGACUGCGAUAGACUUCUUCUACGAUCGCUCGACCACUCUAUUAGUUAGAGUAUAAAUAAGGAAAUCAGGACCAAAUUUAUAGUCGUGGUGGAUGCAGCAGUCGAAACCAACAAGGGCCUUAUACCACCAAACGUAUGUUUUAUUACGUUUCACGAACGCACGGAUUUAUUGCUGUUCAUCAUUGUCGAAAUUUAUAAGCGAUUCUCACGGAAUAUCUCUGAUUCGUUAUUUUGAGGUGUGUGACUUUGGAAACGUGGCAUAAGUGAAGUUUUGAAAAUUUCACGACAGAUAUGCACAUCGUAUUGCGUGAUUCCGCACUCAUCUGUUCAUCCAAAAAAAAAAAGAAAUGCCAGGCGAUUUUUUACAGAUUUUUAAGAGCAAAACUCGUUGAUCACAUGAAGUAAAAUGUGUGAAAUUAAAAAUAUUUUAGACUUAAAGAGAAACACAUCUCACGCCACGAGCACACAGGCUGCACUCUUGUCAUUUUUCGAGGUCAUACUUCAAAAGUUACUUUAUGCUACUUUCGAAAGUGCGAAGCAGCAAUUCCAUUCGCAACCACCACUAAACGAGAAAAAAUGUUGCUUUUGUAGAAGCAACCAGCGAUUGUCCUCCACCCUUAAAUUAGGUCCUGCACAGAACUAAGGUGUUUCCACUCAAUAUAUCAAGCGACAAGUUGAAUACGAAGCGGACGCGCGUUCAUUGAAUAUGUAGAGCUGAUUUAUUCUCUAAGUGAAUGAAACAGAAUUUUUCAUAGAAAAUCGAGAGGAACAUACACGAAGUUCCGAUUGUUACACCGACUAUGUACGAUUAUACGUUAGAUGCGUUCAUUAUGUAUUUAGAUACGCGCGCACGCGCGCGCACAAUAACAAGGUUCACGCGCACUUCGAACGAAAUCGCCAAACCGCCGCUGUUGACGCGUAUAUGCAACGUAUUAUCGAAACAAUUGCGUUUUACUAUUACACUUCGCCUCCUACCCUAAGUCAUGUGCCUACAAGCGAAUGUCGUGGAACAUUUACACGAAGGAGAAAGAGAGGAAGGGUGAGUGAGUGUGAGAGAGAAAGAGAGAGGAAGAAAGAAAGAAAGAGAGGAAUCGUUUGUCUUACGAGCGUCCUACGCACGCUGUACAUUUGUGUAACACUUACAAUUCCUACCGAGGCAACAUAUAUACGCAUGAAAGACGUGUCCCCGAUUUUUCGGGAGAUCUUCGAACGUUUCUCGGGACACUUUCAAAUCCUUGUGUUGCCCGGAAAACGAUUUCAUCACGAAGAAAGUCCGACGUGCUCCAUGAUCAUUAACGUACAAUUCAUUAUUUCGUUAUUUUGAUAUUUCAGACCGACACAGAGUGUUAAUAUCUUCUUGCUUUUUUUUUUUUCUUAUGUCUUAGGUCUAUACUGGCGUAACGCCUUCGUAUAAUCCUUUUGUUUCUUCCUACUUUUGUUUACGGACCAAACGGUCCUCGCGUCGAGUUUUACCGAUUUUGUACCGGGGGUUGGUAUUCUUGAUCAUGGUGCAACGUUUAUUGUUCCCACUGUGCAAUGCGAACCAAUGUAUGUUUCUGUUGUAUAGAGCACAUUGCUUCCGCUAGUCCCUAAAGUUAAAUAAAUGCAAAUGUACGAAAAAGCCAA